GCACUGUGGGUAUUACAAAUGGCGGCUAGUCUAAAAAAAUAAUUUUUGUUUUUUUCGAGGUCCGAUAUUUCUCACUAGCUGCAGGUUACAUGCAAGGGGAUAGGUGUUUCUCCGUUAUAGGUUGCUCACCGUAGCUGAUGCAGCUGUGAAAUUUCCACAGGAUGCACGCACUCAAGCCGUGGAUAGUGGAUGCUAUCAUGAACAGUUCCAGCCAAGAACAGACUGCAGCCGUUCUCACAAGGCUUAUAGAGUUGAACCGCAGAGAAGAGAUAGCCCUCGCUGUACAGGACAGUCAGACUCAGGAGAAUCUAGACAAGGCAGGCUUUGAGGGAACCGUAUGUGACAACCAAUGCUCCGUCAAGGCUGUCUUUAGUGAUGAAGCCUUAAGUGUAGAUGAGGAAAAUGACAGUCAAAGUCAGCUGGACAGUCUACCAGGUAUGUACAUCAUCCUGAGGAAGUACUCAAUCUUCAUCAACCAGAUCAUGAUACAAAACAGGGCUGAGUACCAGUACAUGCUGUACGUGGAAAAGUUCACAACCUGGGGUCAUGGUGGCCACUUCAACUUAGAUGUCAUGGAGUGCAAUGAUCUGCCACAUGUCAGAAGGCUGUUAAGAGAGGUACAGAGGGAUGAGUGGAGAAACAGAGACUUGCAGGAGGAGACACAAGUUGGCUCCUCAACAGAUAGAGUUGAUAACAUCAGUGAAUCUCAAGCCAGUUCCAGUUUGACCCAGCUGAUGGAACUAGCAGAUGUAGAUGAACAUCUUCAAGCAGACGUUACUGACGUAAUGAACAACAAUAGUGAAGGUGUUGAAGAAGAUGAGAUCACAGAGAGGGACAUCACUCACCUUGUCAUCCCAUCCCCCCAGCAGUCCCAGCUGGACCAUGUUAUCUACGACCUCAGUCAUCUUGUGAUCCCCCAGGAUCAGGUGGACCAACUGGCAGACUUGGAAGAAUGGAAGCCAGACUACGUCCCACCAUGCAGUGAGAGGUCAUCAGUGGGCAGUUCAUACCUGGAGCAGGCCAUGGGUCGGGACCUUCCCCUACAAGGGACCUCUCCCCCUGACUUCUACAUGAAGAAGGACCUCAGCCCUGGCCACAGUAGUCUUCAUGAGACAGACAGUGACACAAUGGGUGACCUGUACCUAAAGAACCCAUUGGACAACCAACCUUCACUCCUACUGAGCGCUGAGGAAGACGAUGAUGAUGAUGAUGAUGAUGAGCUUCUGUGGCAAGCGGCAGGGGUUCACCGGUUACAAAACUCUCAAAAGCACAAACUUGAUUCCUCACAAAUGAGUCCUCUAUCAAGAAAGACUAGAACAUCUACGAAUGCUCCCAAUACCUUGUCAAAAGUUGUGACAAAAAAGCCAAUUUUUAAGAGUGGUACCAAGAAGAAAGCUCCAGUCCUCCUGAAGUCACAAGAUCUACCAAGCUCCACCCCUACUACUCAGGAAUCACACCAGCCUCACAAGCCAGGCCCAUCAAGUACUGAUAAGACUGAGGCUGACAGUGUCUACCCGUCCCAGCAUGCUCUGCGGCAGGCCAUUUUAAACCUGAAGUACCCUCGCAGGCAGCUGAAGGCCCUCAUUAACAUAUAUGCAAAUCAUCACUGA